AUGAGAGAAAUUGUUCACGUUCAGGGUGGCCAAUGUGGCAAUCAGAUUGGCGCCAAGUUCUGGGAGGUUAUUUCGGAUGAACACGGCAUAGCCCCGACUGGUACCUACAAGGGGGACAGCGACCUUCAGUUGGAACGUAUUUCGGUGUUCUACAAUGAGGCAACUGGCGGGCGUUAUGUGCCUCGCGCAGUCCUCAUGGACUUGGAGCCAGGGACGAUGGACUCCGUGCGGUCGGGCCCUUUCGGGCAGCUCUUCCGCCCUGACAACUUCGUAUUCGGGCAGACAGGAGCGGGGAACAACUGGGCCAAAGGUCACUACACCGAGGGCGCGGAGUUGAUUGAUUCCGUACUUGAUGUGGUGCGCAAGGAAGCAGAGGGCUGCGAUUGCCUACAGGGUUUCCAGGUUACGCACUCACUCGGUGGAGGCACAGGAAGUGGCAUGGGAACGCUGCUCAUCAGCAAGGUCCGUGAGGAGUACCCCGACAGGAUUAUGGAGACUUUCUCGGUCUUCCCUUCCCCGAAGGUGUCGGACACUGUGGUCGAGCCGUACAACGCAACUCUUUCUGUGCAUCAGCUGGUUGAGAACGCAGACGAAGUGCAGGUUAUUGACAACGAGGCACUGUAUGACAUUUGCUUCCGAACUCUCAAGCUCACCACCCCGACUUACGGCGACCUAAACCACCUCGUCAGCGCAGCUAUGUCUGGAGUGACUUGUUCGCUUCGUUUCCCCGGCCAGCUGAACUCGGACCUCAGGAAGCUGGCUGUAAACCUUGUGCCUUUCCCUCGUCUGCACUUCUUCCUAAUAGGCUUCGCCCCUCUGACCAGCCGAGGCUCUCAGCAGUACCGCGCUCUGACGGUUCCCGAGUUGACCCAACAAAUGUUCGAUGCAAAGAAUAUGAUGUGCGCCUCUGACCCGCGCCACGGCCGCUACCUUACGGCGUGCGCGCUAUUCCGCGGCCGCAUGAGCACCAAGGAGGUGGAUGAGCAGAUGCUGAACGUGCAGAACAAGAACUCUUCCUACUUCGUCGAAUGGAUUCCCAACAACAUGAAAUCCGGCGUCUGUGAUAUCCCUCCCAAGGGCCUGAAGAUGUCUGUCACCUUCGUAGGAAACUCGACCGCCAUUCAGGAGAUGUUCAAGCGUGUCUCCGACCAAUUUACGGCUAUGUUCCGCCGUAAAGCUUUCCUCCACUGGUACACCGGGGAAGGAAUGGACGAGAUGGAGUUCACCGAAGCCGAGUCCAACAUGAAUGAUUUGGUCUCCGAAUAUCAGCAGUACCAGGAUGCCACCGCUGAGGAAGAAGGGGAGUUCGACGAAGAAGAAGGUGCUAUGGAUGCAGAGGGCGCCGCGUGA